AUGGCUCCAGUUGCUGCCGUCCUCUGCGGUAAACAUGCGCAAUUGACUGAAUACAUGCUCAAGAAUCUUCUUCCCAAGAUCGAGGUCGUCCAUGUCUGCAACAGCACCGAUACUGCAGUCUCUGAGAUCCCGGGCCUCCUGAAAGGCAGCGUCAGCCCUCCCUCGUCAGGUCUGGGCUCGAACGCGGAGGGGGCUGGCCGGUCCGACAUUUCACUCAUCAUCAUCGGCGGAGGUUUCUCGCCAGAAGACUUCCAAGCCAUCAAGUCAGCCGCCGACAGCGUGAAGCCCCUGCCAUUGUUCUGUGCCGACACCAGCAAGGUCCCUGCCGGUGCGGGCCCCCCACCUCCGGAACUGAUCAAGAAACGGAUGUUGGAUGCUAUCGAGAAGGAGGAGAAAGGCGAAGGAGAGUGGGCCCCUGGCUUGUACAUGUAUUGA